AUGGAGAUCAGCAGACAAGACACCAGUGAAUCUCAACAACGAAAUGCAACACAGCACAAUUUACAUCAAACGAGCAAUUCCAUUGGUUUUUACAAUGUUCGGUAUGGCGAUGAUGAUGAUGACGGUACCAAUGAUGAACAACGUCGUGGGGCUUCUGCACUGUUUUGCUGUUCUCAAUGCCAAGCUUGCAUGUACGGCUUAUUGAUUGGUGCCUUGUUAGCUGGUAUUGCUUUAUCUGUUCUUUUAGUAUUGUACUUGAAGCCAGUUUCAAAUACAAACACGGUAGGCAGUCUGGUCAUGUCUUCGUCACAAGCAAACCAAACAAACAGUGCCAUCGUAACCACUGCUUCUUCUACCACUACAUUCAUGACAACAAGCACCACCGCUUUCACUGCCAAUACUACCAGCAGUUCCAGUAGCAGUAGUAGCUCUACCACUUCCAGUAGCACUAGUAGCACUACUACUACUACUACAACCCCUUGUUUUCAAUGUGGCAACUAUUGCUGGAGCCAAAUGGGUGUAGUUUUAUGUGGCACCAGUUUUAAUCCUAUUAAAAAUCCUACUAGUGUGAACAUAGGACUUGAUGAUACAGUAUAUUUAGCCGGCCACAAAACUGGUCAAGUGCUAAUGUGUUCCAACAAUACGAUAGUUCCUGCAACACCAAGCUACGGUGAUCAUAUCGAUUUUAUUACAAUCGACAAAAACGGCUCUUUCUAUACAAACUGUCACAAUACAUUUUUGGUGCGUCGCUACUCAUCGAGUUCUCCAAAUGGCACGAUUGUUGCUGGAAGUGGCUCAAUUGUUACUGGUACUCUAACUUACCCAGUUGGUACUGCUGUCGACAAUGAUUUCAAUCUCUACAUUGGUGAUCAAGGGAGCAAUCAAGUGAUGAAAUUGGCCCCCAACUCAUCAAGCUUGUUAGUAGUUAUCAAUGCAAAUAGUGCUUUUAGCAAACUAUCAGCACUGUUGCUUCCACAUGGCUCAUCCGAUAAGAUAUAUUUGAGUGAUGAAUCUGGUACAAACGUAUAUUUGUGGGAAUUUGGUGCUUCAACGUCGAACACUGCUUACACAAACGUCGCCACUGGUCCUAGUACACUACGAUAUCCACGAGGUAUGAAACUAGAUCCUGAAGGAAAUUUGUAUGUCGCAGACCAACGCAAUUCUCGAAUAGUUAUGUACUGUGUUAAUUCUACACUAGGCAUUGUUGUCGUGAAUACUGAUGAUGAUCCAGUAGAUUUAGCUUUUGAUUCAAGUAUGAAUAUGUACGUUUUGUUAGAUGACGGAAAACUUUUAAAAUACGCCCGAACAUAA